ACGGAAUUCAAUUCGUAUCGGUCGCCCAGGUGGUGGCUCCCCGCGAACUUUCAGUGGAAUGCACUGUGAAAUGUGCAACUGUCAGAUGUGCAGAUGACACUUCAUGGUUUGUUUAUAAAUUAUUGGUUGUUCUGGCACAAUGUUUAUCGUCACCAAGGAAAUAGAUAGCGAGAAUAUAAGCAAGUUGUGUCGAACUUGUUUGAGGGAAGACGGUGAAAAAAUGGUUUGCCUAUUUGUGGGUCCAGCUGGCUCAUCGCUCGCUGCUAAACUUAGAUCUCUGUCUUGCUUGGAGGUCUGGCAAGGGGAUGGGUUACCUGAAAAAAUGUGUGAUAGAUGUGUAACGAGAGCUGAAUCAGCGUUGCUGUACAGAGAACAAUGCAGAGCCGCCGAUAGAGCUUUGAGGCAAGCUGCUAUCAAGGUCUCGGGGUUAACUUCAUACACAACUGUAUCAGGCUGCAAACUAUAUCAGCAGAAUCAAGGAUUUGUACCUAUUCAGAACUCUCAGAAAACUUUAAAAUGCAUUGAGUGUGGUGCUGUGUUUGUGAAUUACCAAGAACUAUGUGAACACAGCAGGCUACAUGUGCCUUCUGUACAGAACACAACACCAGUUCAACACAUGCAUAUAGUUGAGCCCCAGAAUAAUUAUUUCAACAUCAACAAUUUAAAUAGCAAUUUGGUUGUUGAUGACGUACAUGGUGUGCAAAUUCCUUCUUUGUUGAGAUCAAAUUCAAUGAAUGGUACACCAGUAGAUAAUGAGGAGCCAAGUCGGGCAGCUUGUGCACUGCAUUGCUCCCUAUGUAAUCACACCUUUACAAACAGGACUCAAUUGAUAAGCCACAAUUUUACUCACAGUUCUGAUCACAUGGAUCUUUCCUCUGGCGAUAAUACUAAUAUAGAGGUAAGUGAGGACUCCAAUCAAAUUGCCCAAAAUUUGAGUUAUGAUAGAACAGUCACUCAUGUGGGAGAAGAUUCUAUUCAGAAUUUAUCUUUCCCGAGGGAAAUUGCGGUCAAUGAUACAAGAAAACUGAGGAAUCUUAAUUUCUCAGCAAAUAAUACCCUGAACGACCUCCAAGAGAACAGAAACCGAUCUUUCCAAUGCCUUGAGUCAAACGGGAUUCAGAUUUCUGAAAACCUGGCAUUCUCUAAAGUGUCUGAAAACAGUUUAAACCAUCAACCAAACGAGUCCGAAUUGAAUAUGACAGAUGGCUCAAUUGCCAAGGACAAAAAACAUAAAUGUAGUUUAUGCCCUAAAUCUUUUGCUCAAAAGUCCAAACUGAUGACCCAUCAGUUUUCCCACACGGGACAGAGACCCUUCAAGUGUACAAUCUGUGAAAAGGCAUAUGCCUCGAAAAGUAAAUUGAAUGCCCAUGUUAGACUACAUACUAAAACAAAUGUGCACGUUUGUACAAUAUGUAGCAAAACUUUUGCAUUUGCCUCAUAUCUAGAAGAUCACUUAAAAUCACAUAAAUAUGGUACAGGAAAGUUAAAUACGUUAAAAGAAAGUACCUUUGACUGUGCCAUUUGUGACAAGAAAUUCCGUUUCAUUAAAAACUUUAAAGCGCACUUGCGGCUCCAUACAGGUGAAAAUUUAGUUCAGUGCGAGUAUUGUGAUAAACGAUUUAGCCAGAAAUACAAUUUGAAAGUACAUUUAGAGUCUCAUAAAGAUUUAAAAGCGUAUAAAUGUGAAUUUUGCGAAAAAUGUUUCAACCAACAUGGUAAUUUGGUGGAGCACCUCAGAAUUCACAAUAAAUUAAAGCCAUACAAAUGCGAUUUAUGUGGCAAAUGUUUCUCUCAAUCGAGUCAUUUGAGGAAUCAUAAAAUAUCCCACAACACUGAAAGAGAACAUUCUUGCAGAUUGUGUGGUAAAAAGUUCAAGCUGGCCAGUCAUUUAAAGAGGCACUUGGACCUGCACACUGGUAGAAAAUCCUACAAAUGUGCUCAGUGUAACCAAAUGUUCUCUCAGUCUUUCAGCUUAAAGAGACAUUUGAAGCGGCAUGCGGAUAUUCACAUUUGACUUAGUUUAAAUUAAUUAUAGAUCAAUUUCUAUGUUUAUUCAAUUGAUACUGUGAUAAGUAGUCUUGAUUAGCUUUUUUUACUUCUAAUUUUGACAUUGCAAUCUAGAAAUAGCCUGGAAUUAUUUAUUUAUUUUAUAGACUCUGAAGUUGAAAACACGACCUUUGCCUCUAGAUAAGAGUUUUUUGUGCCAAAUUCCAGUGAUCACUAUUAUACGCGACGAUAGUGUAAUAUUAUUAGUAUUAAGUACUAAACAAUAUUUUACGCUAUCAAUAAUUGCUGUUUCUGCAAUCAGCGCUAUAAAUUCGAUCAAGAUCAGAUAAUUCCCCAAUUGAUCUAAAAUUCUGUGAGUAAUUAGUGUUGAUGUAGUCGUGAAGAUAUGGAACCUGUCCCUCAGCUGUCCUUCAGUUAUUGAUAACGGGGGUAAAAUGCGGAUAAUGUACCCAUGUGCUAGCCUGCUCAAUAAUCCAGCAUCUUUUAACCUGAGGUAGAGAUUCCACCCAUCAGAAAACUCUACGUAAAUCAUAUUAUUUAUGGAAAUUCAUACAUAUCAUUGUCAUAUAAGCACGACAGCAGAUAAUAUAUUAGCGUCCGCGGCAGAUAGGUUUGAAAAUAUUGCCUAAUCCGGUCAUGGUGAUUUGAGAUUCGUGAAUUUUUUAUACAGAAUUGACCAAGGGAAAUAUACUGCGCAAUCUACUUUGCCGCUUAUUUGUAAGGGGAUUCUUUUUCCGUGGAAAUUGCACCGCUAUCGUGUCCAUGUGUAUGGAAAGAUGAUUCACCAUCUGCAAAAGCAUGUGUAUCGAUUUGUUAUACCAGCAUCUGCCCCUGCUUAGUCAGACACAUACACGUCUUUGCACCCGCCGACUAUUUCAGAGCGAUUGAUUUUCAUGGGAUUAAUGAAAGCCCUAUGUGCCUUUCCGGGCUGCGGGGAAUAGGGGUGAAACCGUUCAGGCAAAAUGAUGAAAUUAAAAAACGAAAAUUAAAGUCGUAUAGCACUGAAAGACGAGAAACUAUCGCCUACCGGUGAAAUUUCCGAUUCAAGCGAAAUGCAUAUCUGCACCUGACAUAUUUUUGAUGAAAAUUCGCCUAGCAUUUACUGCCACGAAAUUCGUGAAAAUUAAAAAUUCUCGAUAGUUCUAUCGGAAAGGUCACAAGAUUAAAAGACAAAUGAUGCGUAAAAUGGCAUAUGCAUUGCGGCAAUGAAAAAAAAAAAGAUAAAGUAUCUCAGAAGUUGGGGGUUCGGAUGCUGCAGAGCAGAUGAGGGAUUAAAUCUGACGCACCCUUGUUGACGAGGAUCCCGGCGAGAAGCCCUCCCCCCGUUAUUUCCGAGACAAUGUCCCUUGGCAAUUUCUCUACUUCCUCCCUCAAGAUUUUACCCAAGUUCCCGCAAGUUUUUCCUUCUCAAGUAUCUUCAGUGCCUCUAACGCUACCCCCAUUGGGCUUCCCCCAAAUGUACUUCCAUGAAAUCCGGUCUUCAGUUCGAGAAUGAUCGGUGAUAAAGAAAAGUAUAAGAAAACACCACUAUACACUACUAUCAUUCUUACUUAUAACAAGCUCAACCUACAAUAAAAAUCAUGGAAAACUUUUAUCGCUUAGCACCGCUAGAUAUUAUCACCUGAAAUAUAUUCCUGGUUAUUUCUACGUAAUCCCGCAAUAAAUAAUCAAUCACUGGAAUAUAUGUUAUCAUGUGAAAUUAUUGAGAAAGUUUUUCAACUCAUAUGAUUACUCGGCAAUAAAUUUGAAAACGUAAAUAAAAUUAAUCUAGGGUACCUGGUCGUCGGCAAGAGCACCAGUAACGGGAUACAUUCCUCUGGAAAAAGUUUUGCUCGCGAUCAGGAAAUCAAGUCGUUGAGCUUCGUAAUCGACUGCCAAUCCGUCCCUAUAGUUUUUCCCUGUCCUGUUUGCAUCUCACCAACUAUCCAGAAGACGUUAUACUAGGUACAAGGCUCCCUAACUCCUAUUAUAUAGGUAUCCAUUUUACGCUUAAAUUUGACAGAAUUCUAUAAGUUGAACAGAUAUGAACAAACAAUAUGCUCAUCCUCGAGAUUUUUGCAGGAGUGCAACUUUUUCAAUUUCAUCGGAUUCGCUAAACUGCUCGCCUGCUCGCUCGCUCGGUUGUAACAUACACAAGAAUUAAUGUCGGUGGAUUUUUACAGCGGUAAACGAGUACAGUAGCUACGAUAGAACGCCGAGGGUGGUCUGCAAAAUGAGAGCAUUUUUUUCUCUCUUAUUUAUGUUUUUCACUGUAUUCAGAUGAGUAUAUGUGUAUGUAUAUUGCAAAGACGGUACGUCGAAUCUGGAGCCGGGAGAUAAAAUUUCUAUGGGAUUUCACGCGCCGUUCAGACAGCGAUAUUUAUACACACCCCUAGGUAUAAUACUAAAAGUUUCGGAGCUUCGUGGAACGUCAUUAAUAAUAACUUACUGGAUUGACAGCUACGAAAUUCUCGUAUCGUAUCUGGAGGAAGUUUAAUCGCGAGGGACAGUCGGGACGUGGCCGUACGUCAAGUCAAUUUCAAAAUCACUUUUAAAACAGGCGCGACUAGCAAUACCCCAUCGAUUUCCACCCUUCCGUACCUAUAUACACAACACGCCCCUACUCAACU